GGCGAGCUACCGGAAGAUCCGUCCGUUACAAAGUUGACUAAACGGAGGGCAGCACAUUUCACUUUGUUAGAUAACUAGCUCUAUAAACGAGCAGCCUCAAUGCCCCUAUUACGCUGCCUUACUCCUUAUGAAGCUGAAUACGCUGUGAGGGAAGUUCAUGAAAGAGUAUGUGGCACACACAUCAGUGGCAGAACUUUAGCUCGGAAACUCCUGAGGCAUGGGUAUUACUGGCCGACUAUGGUUGAGGAUGCACAGAACUAUGUCAAAAAAUGCCCGACCUGCCAGUUCAAUGCCGAUGAUAUCCACAUGCCAAGUAUCCGAGCUUGUUCUAAAGGAGUCGACCUACUCGGUCCUUUCGUGAAAGGCAAAGGAGGACGCACUUACCUCGUUGUCGCGGUGGAUUAUUUCACCAAGUGGAUAGAAGCUAAACCAUUGUCCACGACAACAGAAAAGAAAAUAGAAGAAUUCUUGUUCAAUUCAAUAUUGUGCAAGUUUGGUAUACCUAAGCGAAUCAUUGCUGACAAUGGGCCACAGUUCCGAGCAGCAGCACUGAGGUCGUUUUGUAAUGAUUAUGGCAUUGAGCUCGCCCUGACAUCCGUGUAUACUCCACAGUCAAAUGGGCAAGCCAAGUCCGCCAAUAAAAUCGUCUUGCGAGGCCUCAAGAUGCAUGUUUUAGCUGCAUAUUCUAAUUGGGUCGACGAGCUCAAUAAAGUGCUCUGGUCAUAUCGCACUACACCCAGCUUGGCUACUGGCGAAACCCAAUUCAACCUGGCGUAUGGAGCUGAGGCCGUCAUCCUUGUUGAGGUCGGAUUGCCAUUUGGUAGAUCAGAUCGCCAUGGCAAUCCUAAUAAUGAGUAACUUUUAAGAGAAAACCUAGACCUUGUAAAAGAGAUUAGGGAGAUGUCUCGAAUAAAGAAUAUGGCAUAUC